AUGGAUAGAAUCGUGGCGGGAAAUUCAUCGGUUGUCUCACAGAACUGGUCGAAACUGGAGUUUUCACAGGAAGAAGAAGAUGAUGUUUACCAUGCAGGUUAGAAGAAAUUAAAAAAAAAAAGAUGAGUGUUAAGCAUUUACGAAUUAUGCUGAGCAACAAUUAAUAAAGGUUUCAAAACAAAUUUUUUCAUUUUAAUUAUUAAUCCAAAAUAUACUGUUUAAUUAAGAAAGGUAGGUUUUGAGACGACCUCAUCUUUUACAGCCCAAAUAUCGAAGACUCCUCAAUAGACUCUCUGAAUUAUUAUCGUUAUCCUCAGUGCUUAUUCUCUACUGAGUGUACUCCAUACCAUUCUGUUAAAUAUGACCGAAAGAGUUUGAUGAACUGUGUCUAUCUUUCUAAAUUAUUAUCGUUUUCUUUGUUUUUCUAAUUGCCGACUUCGCUUGAACACCAGACCCAUCCACAAUUGUCUUAAAUUGGUCCUAAAGUCAACAAAACAGCAGCAGUUCUUCCUCAUUCAGCUGCAGCCGAAAUACCCUUCGCCACAGCUUGACGUCAAUCAGUUAUUAAUAUUUCUUCAUUGAAAAAACAUCAAACUUAUACCAAAAGGGGUUAGGAUCCUAUCAUCAGUGCUUAUUCUCUACUGAGUGUACUCCAUACCAUUCUGUUAAAUAUGACCGAAAGAGUUUGAUGAACUGUGUCUAUCUUUCUAAAUUAUUAUCGUUUUCGGUGUUUUUCUAAUUGCCGACUUUGCUUGAACACCAGACUCUUCCACUAUUGUCUUAAAUUGGUCCUAAAGUCAACAAAACAGCAGCAGUUCUUCCUCAUUCAGCUGCAGCCGAAAUACCCUUCGCCACAGCAUGACGUCAAUCAGUUAUUAAUAUUUCAUUGAAAAAACAUCAAACUUAUACCAAAAGGGGUUAGGAUCCUAUCCUCAGUGCUUAUUCUCCCCUGAGCUGACCCCAUACCAUUCUGUUAAAUACGACCGAACGAGUUUGAUGAACAGUAUCUACCAAGCCCUGCAAAAUCUAAUUAAGGGAGCGCUCCCCAGUAUGGUGGGCUACGUUUGUCUGUGUCGGCUAUCACCCACUCUUUACUGAUUGGUCCUUAUAAGACAAUAAAACAGCCAAUAACCCUCACCACAGCAUGACGUCACUCAAAGAUUAAUAUUCCUUCAUUGUGAAAAGUAACAUCAGAUUAAUACUAAACGAGGAUAGGGACCUAUCCUGUUUAUUCUCAAUAAAUUUAGGGUCCUGACUUUCUUUCUUCCCAGUCGGCGUUCAGUUUUAUGCGGGAUCGCUCAGGGAGUCUGACGAACGGUGACAUCCAUGCCAAGACCUGCAAAAUCUGAUAAACUCGGGAAUGUUUUUUCUUGGCCUUCAGUAUGUCAGCCUGUCGUUUGUCUGUGCUAACUCUCCUUUUGGCAUUUUUGGUUUGGGGUACUCUGCUGAACUACAUCGCGAUUGCACAUCAAGGUAGUAAUAGUAGGUAGUCGAAAGGAAAAAUGAACUAAAGGAAGCUAUAACGAUGAUCCUUAUUCUUGUCAAAUUACACCCUAUUCCUGUCAAAAAACGUUUACAUGAAAACGCGCCCGGAUAAUAUUAUAUUUUCGUCCUCAAACAGAAUGUAACAGUUAAUUAACAGGGUGGAGAGAUUUAUCUGGUGUAGCAGGAAGUUGGUUAUGCAUUUGAUAAACCCCAAAUAUCGCGUUUAUUGAUUUACUUCGACAAAUUUUUAAAUUUGUCGAAGUCAAUCAAAUCUACCUUAAAAGGUAGAUUUGUUUCUACAGUUUUAAAGCCAGUUUUUACCAGUCUUAUCAACCAGGUUUUAAAUGACCUGAUCUCGGUAGAAAAUCAAAGGUGAGUACUUGUCGCUCGAUCUGGGUAAAUUUUAAUUUUAAUUUCUCAAACUCAUUAAUAAUUCAUAAAGAAAAUACAAAGAAAAUUAAUGUUUAAUGAGUGUUUGGAAAUCGGAUGAAAAACUGCUCAGUAUUUGCAUCCUUAAUUUCUCCUUCAAAAAUGAUUUUGUUUGAGAAGAAAUAUCAAACAUUCGACACAGUGUUUCAUCACCAGAUGAAACACCUCGAAGUUCGUCAAAAAUACUCCGCUGCGCGUCGUAUUUUCAACUCUCUUCUCGGUGUUUCAUCUGGUGAUGAAACACUGCGUCUCAUGUUUGAUAUAUUACAUAUAAAGUACAUCUGUAAUAAAAACCCUAGAAUAUUUGAGCGGUUCAGAUUUAACAAGUGAAAGAUCAUAUGCACCGCGGUGUUUUUUCUUUUCGUUUUUUUCUAUGUAGGCCUCUUUAAAAGCAGUCGCGAAAAGAAAGGCUGGAAGAAAUUCAGUCACUUUAUUUAUGGACGUUCUGUUUUGAUCGCUGCUACGAAUUCGGGUGAAAAAAUUUUUUUUUUCGCUAUCAGCAUAUGUUUUUGGAUCCAACAAUGACUUUUAUUGCAAAAUGUUAUCAUUUUGUUUAUAAGUAGAAGGAUCGAGUAUUAGAGAUGAAUGUAAAUUAUUUAGAGACUAAACUUGGAUGCCUUGUACAUUGCCGGCAGUCGCAAGUUUCAAAGGGCUGUGGUAACCGUCGUCAUUCUACUACAAGUUUUAGCAAGAAUGUCGUAGUUGCGGAAACAAGUUAUCAGUAGGAACGAAAUUGAACUGUGAUAUGCUAGACACAACAAAGCGGAAUUUAAAGUCAAGUCUGGACCUAUAGGGUAUCAAAAGAAUGUCGUAUUGACAUAUUAAUUAUUGUUUCGUAGAUGGUUGUCGACGACUAAAGUUUGUUACACCACACGAUGGUCAUUAUUUGGGAGAGAACGUGUUUUGAAUCUUACUUUUGGAAUAUGCACUCCCUUUCAACUCAUCAAAAACUAGGAAUACGUGUAUCGUUGAAACUCGCGAAGCUCGGAAGCGGAAGGCCCAUAAAAUGUCAGGAAUGGAAGGGGGGGGGACAGAAUUGGAAUAAGUUGUGUAGCUUGGGAGGGGGGGUUUCAACACUGGCUCUAUAAAUAUUGGAAGGUGAGAUCUAGUUAAUCUUCUUUUGGUUGCAGUAAAUUUGAAUCCAGUGCUCUGUCGUUAAAAAGGAUUUUCUGGGAUUUAAAUGGGGUUGGUGUUGUUAAGGAAAGGUAGCCAAUGUUUCAUAGGUCCCGUGUUCAACCUAUUUGACCCUUCUACAUGUGUAAGUAUAGACUAUGGUCAAAAGGAAAUGGGUGCGAUAGUGAAUAACUGCAGGCAAAUAUGCAGCUAACCCAUGCCAUCUUUAAUAAUAAGUGUAAUAAUAAUUACUUGUGAAAUUUCUUGACUUGUUAAAUUGUCCCUUACGGGGAAAAUAAUUCAUUUUCCUCACAUGGUAACACAUGUCACACACUAUCGCAUCAUGAAUUUUAAACGGCGUUCUCCAGAGGAGUCUCGAUGGAAAAUCUUCGCCGGCGAGGAUUUCUUCUUUUUCUUUCUUCUUUUCAUAGAAUAUUUGCUUAAUCACUCGGACAAUGUGCUUAAGUAUGCGAUAUAUCCGGCGAAUAAUCCAUAAGCUUUCUGUGUGCAUGCUAUCAAACGGUGGAAAUCGAUGAACCUGACAUACAAUCCUCCCUGCCAUUCAGAUGACAUGCUCCAUGUAGUUCCUCAAGGUUUUGAUAUGCUCUUUGCAGCCCCAACCUUUCUGAAAUCAGCAUGUUCUUCGCGGCACUCUAUCGACAGUCAAAGACUGGGGGGAUAUUCACAAUGACUUUAACAAUUAGCACUUUUGACUUGGUAAAAUAACAAUGUGAUAACAGUUGCUCCAGUCACUUGGUAUCCCAUCGAGUCGGUAUCUGCUAUUCCACCGAUGUUUUCUUUUAGAGUCUAUUACUUAUAACAUUCUAACAAGACCCUGAUGCAAUUUCUUUGCAGAUGGUUGUCGUCGCCUUAAGUUCCUUCCACCGGACGAUGGCCAUUAUUUGGCACAUCACGUGUUUUUAAAUCUUACUAUUGGAAUAUACACGCCAUGUCAUCACAGAUGUGUUAUGGAAAGUAGAUGCGUGUCAAUAAACAUUGGUCCGCCCGUGAACGACAAAGUUUUGUGUGAGCUUAGUGAUUCGGAUCACAUACAGCACCCACAACACCUUAAACCAAGACAGGGCUGGAGUUAUAGAGGCGUCACAGAGGUACCAAUGACAAUUAGGUUUAAAACAUACGUAGAAAAACCAACGGCAGCCGAUUGUAUAUGUCUCGCUAUUUCUCGAUAGAGAAAAUGAAGGUUUUAAACAGGCGGGUGAUGUUCCCAAUGAUGAGUUGCUGCUGAUGCUGCUGCUGAUGAUGAUGACGACGAUAUCGACUAGAAAAAUGGAUGAUGACGAUACUGAUACUGAUAACAUUACAUUGGGCCCAAAAUAUAAACUACUGGUUCUAAAUCUACCAGUAAUUGUGACAGCCAUUAAAGUUUUAUUAUUAUUAUUAUUAUUAUUAUUAAUAUUAUUAUUAUUAUUAUAACAAUUAUGAUAUGAAAAUAUAUGUCUUCGCUCCCUAAAUCGACAAUUCGAGAAAAAUCCCAAAUGUUUCAACCUCACUGGAACAAAAAUAAAAUAUUGAGAGGUUCGAGAGAUCUAAAUAAUCCCUUUUUCUAUCUCCCAUGAUCACAGCACGGUACAUAAUUUUUAAUGUGAUUUUAAAAACAUACAUUCUCCAUUAGAACCUCUGCGUCAGUAAUCCUUGUCUUAACAACGGAACAUGCUUCACAGGAUAUACGAGCAAGAAAUACCUCUGUGUUUGCACUUUUGGCUUCAAAGGAGAAAACUGUGAGAAGGCCCGGCCAGGUAAAAUAGUGCAGAAGAUCGAUAUUACAUGGAUGCGCGGAUGGCCGCGCUGAUCACGAAAAUUAAACGUAACAAUAGAGCCUACACUAAUAAGGAUGAGAUCGCUGACCAAUUUAAUAAGCAUUUUGUCAAUGUGAGCUAAUGUGGGUCAAAACCUGGCCAAAAGAAUUGAACAUUGUGAAGGACGUCCGACCCAAUUCAUAAGAUCGACUCCAGUAGCUAACUUUGUUAUGUCCUGUGUCACUGAAACCCAAGUAUGUUCACUAUCUAAAUGUUUAAAGGAUCAUAAGUCAUCCUUAUAUUUUCCUAAUAAACUAAUCAAAAUAGCUGCCCAGCCACUGUCAAUACCUUUAAAAUAUAUCUAUAACCAGUCUAUUGAAACUGGAAUUAUAAGGGUGGUGAUGCUACAGACCCUAGCAACUCUCUCACCAUUCAGUAAAGUGCUCAAGCGUGUAGUCUAUAAUCAAUUAUAUUCGUUGAUUUCAUAGAUAAACACCAAAUCUUGUACAAAUAUCAGUUUGGAUUUGGGAAAGGAUAUUCCAGUGAACAAGCUGUUCUUGAAAUUACUGACAAUCUGAAGCUAGCUACUGAUAAAGGUCAAAUAACAUGUGGUUUAAUUCUUGACCUAUCAACGGCUUUUGACACAGUAAAUCAUAAAAUACUGCUCUCUAAACUUCAUCGGGUACAUCACAUAAUUUGUUUGAAACUUAUUUGCACAAUCGCGGGGCGACCACACGGUCUGUGGCUUAAAUUUUGACAAUUCUGGCGGUUUUAUCGCCGUACCUUUGCUAAUAAUUUGUUAUUUUCCAUUGAAGUUAUCGUCGGUGAAAUGUUCAUUGUAAUUAAAAGUCACGUAAGUAACCUUUUAACACCAAGCACUUGUAUUCUCUGGCUUUUCGUUCGUCAAGAAAAUGUCCCGCAAAGUAGCGCGGUGUUAGAAAAGCCCUUCUAGAGGUGUUUCGGGAUAUACUAGCAUCUUAUACAAAUUAUAAGCACGAGAAAGUCACUGAAAUAGUGAUUAACCACAAGAAUAAUAAAUAAAAUGAAUAACUUAAAACCUUCUGUCCGCAGCCUUAUCAUGCAGUGACUUAAAGAACGGCGACCCUACAGCAUCAAGUGGAAAUUACGACAUUGAUCCAGAUGGCGAGGGAGGCCUGGUGCCAUUCACAGCAUAUUGUGACAUGACUGACAAGAAUGGAGUUGGCGUGACAGUUAUCAGUCACGACAGUGAGAGCAGGACACAUGUGAAAGGAUGUGAAGGGGCAGGAUGCUACUCACGCAACAUUAAUUACACUGGAGCGAGUCUGACUCAAUUGGCCAGUCUUACCAGUGUCUCCUCAUACUGCGAGCAGUUUAUCAAGUAUGAGUGUUAUGGUUCAAGGUUACUGAGAACUGGACAAGGAUGGUGGGUGUCACGUGAUUAUUCUAACAUGACGUACUGGGGAGGAGCAUCACCUGGCAGUGGUAAGUGCGCAUGCGGGAUGAACAACACGUGUGCAAACCCCGAAUAUGGCUGUAACUGUGAUGCUAAUGACCUCGUAUGGCUUGAAGACAGCGGUCUUCUCACUGACAAGACAAAGCUUCCAGUAAAACAGCUCUUUUUUGGUGAUAAUGGUGGUCGUAAGGAGCACGGCUAG